CUGGGCAAUCAUUCCAAAACCUGGACACCCCAGAGAAACUCAGAUUUUUCAGCCCCUCCUGCCAGGGAGCUGUGAAGGGCCCUGAGGCUCCUCUUGCCCAGCCUGACCUACCCCAGUCCCUCAGCUGUUCCUCCAGAGCCAUUUUUAGCCCUCUGAGAGCCUCCCUGGACACUCUCCAGCCUUUCAAUGUCCUUUUUAAAGUGAAACCAUCGAGUGCCACCUGUGCCCAACCCCACCUUGUCACCCAGGGUGUCACUGAGUGCCACAUCCAGACUUUCCUAAAAACCUGCAGGGAUGGGGACUGCAGCUCAUUCCAAUAUCCAGGCACCAUUUAUAGGAAGAAAAUGUUGUUUGUUCCUCGUGUUUGGGUGAGGAUGGCUCAGAAGACACUCAGCUGGCUGUGACACCGGCUCAGGUGGAUGGUGACAACCUCAGGGACAGCUGGGAGGAAUUUUUUAUCGUGUUAAAACAAUGUCAGAGAUUGCCCAGAGAGGUUUGGCUGGAAAUAUUCCUGUCCCUGGAAACAUCAAAGGUCAGGUGGGGUUAUGGAGACCAAGAGUGAUCAGGCCCUGGUUGGAGUCCAGAAUUAUUUGGAGAGGGCAGCAGGGAAGCUGAGGCCCAGCUCUCCCAUCAAGUUCCACAUCUCCAGCCGCACGGACACCGGCGUGCACGCCCUGGCCAACGCCGCCCACCUGGACAUCCACAGGGCUCCAGGCAAGCCAGAUUUCACUGGCCACCAACUUGCCCAUGGCCUCAACCACCACCUCAGACCUGAGCCCAUCCGGAUCCUCAGUGCCCAGCGGGUGCCCAGCACGUUCCACGCCCGUUUCAGCGCCCGCUCCCGCACCUACCUGUACCGGCUGCUGCUGGGCACCGAGCACCACUCGCAGGUGCCCGUGUUCGAGAGGGACCUGUGCUGGGCACCCCCUGGAGGCCCCCUGGACAUCCCAGCCAUGAGGACAGCUGCCCAGUUCCUGCUGGGCACCCACGACUUCAGCACCUUCCGCUCGCUGAGCUCGGAGGCGGCGGCGCAGAGCCCGGUCCGGACCCUGCAGGAGCUGCAGAUCCAGCCUGGCCCGGGGCUGCUGGCACAGCACUGCCCCCACAGGAAAUUUGAAUUCUGGGAGGUGAAGAUCAAGAGCAGAUCCUUCCUUUACAGACAGGUGCGCAGGAUUGUCGGGGCCCUGGUGGCCGUGGGCCAGGGCAGGUUGUCCCCUGGGCACAUCCAGGAGCUGCUGGAGCUGAAGGAUCCCCGAGCUUUCCCCCCCAACGCCAUGGCCCCGCCCUCGGGGCUCUUCCUCAAAUGUGUGGAGUACAGCCAGGAAGAUCUGAACAUCCCAGCAGAGCAGCAGCUCCAGGGGCUGAGCUGAGUUUGGUCACCUUGGACUGGAAAUAUUUUCAGCUUUUCAAUGGGACAAAUUUCCUGAUUUCCAGCAUGGCCAGAGCCAUCUCAGGGGGAGGUUUGGAAGAAGAUUUUCAUCUUUCCAAUGGCAGAAAUCUCCAAAAGUGCCAGAGCCAGAGCCUGGCCUCAAGAAAAACAUCAAGAAAAACAUCAAUAAAAUAAAAACAUCAAGAAAAACAUCA